GAAGCCGAGCUCUGUGAGGGCUCAACCUCAAACUUGUUUCAGUUCAUUCAUCCUUUUCUUCUCUCCACUUCGGGGAAGUGACUGUGGCGCUUGGAGUCUCCAAAUUGGUGCCUAAGAAGAUGAUGAUAUCACAAAUGAGUCGCUUCUAUAUGACCAACCUUGGGCUUCUCUUCCUGGUUAAUAUUCUCCCUGGGACAACUGGCCAAGGAGAGUCAAGACGACAGGAACCUGGGGACUUUGUGAAGCAGGAUAUUGGCGGACUCUCUCCCAAGCAUGCCCCAGAUAUUCCCGAUGACAGCACUGACAACAUCACUAUCUUCACCAGAAUCUUGGAUCGCCUUCUGGAUGGCUAUGACAACCGGCUGCGACCUGGGCUUGGAGAUGCAGUGACUGAAGUGAAGACUGACAUCUACGUGACAAGUUUUGGCCCUGUGUCAGACACUGACAUGGAGUACACCAUUGAUGUAUUUUUUCGACAGACAUGGCAUGAUGAAAGACUGAAAUUUGAUGGACCCAUGAAGAUCCUUCCACUGAACAAUCUCCUGGCUAGUAAGAUCUGGACCCCUGACACCUUCUUUCACAAUGGCAAGAAAUCGGUGGCCCAUAACAUGACCACACCUAACAAGCUGCUCAGACUGGUGGACAAUGGAACCCUCCUCUACACGAUGAGGUUAACAAUUCAUGCCGAGUGUCCUAUGCAUUUGGAAGAUUUUCCCAUGGAUGUGCAUGCCUGCCCUCUGAAGUUUGGAAGCUAUGCCUAUACAACAGCCGAAGUGGUUUAUUCUUGGACUCUUGGGAAGAACAAGUCUGUGGAAGUAGCACAGGAUGGCUCUCGCCUGAAUCAGUAUGACCUCCUGGGCCAUGUCGUUGGGACAGAGAUAAUCCGCUCUAGUACAGGAGAAUAUGUCGUCAUGACAACCCACUUCCAUCUCAAGCGAAAAAUUGGCUACUUUGUGAUCCAGACCUACUUGCCAUGUAUUAUGACUGUCAUUCUGUCACAAGUGUCUUUCUGGCUCAACAGAGAGUCUGUCCCUGCCCGCACGGUCUUUGGUGUCACCACUGUUCUCACCAUGACCACCUUGAGUAUCAGUGCCAGAAACUCCUUACCUAAAGUGGCAUACGCGACGGCCAUGGAUUGGUUCAUAGCCGUCUGUUAUGCCUUUGUAUUUUCUGCGCUGAUCGAAUUUGCCACUGUCAACUACUUCACCAAGCGGAGUUGGGCUUGGGAGGGCAAGAAGCCGGAGGCCCUGGAGAUGAAGAAGAAAACACCAGCAGCCCCAACGAAGAAAACCAGCACCACCUUCAACAUCGUGGGGACCACCUACCCCAUCAACCUGGCUAAGGACACCGAAUUCUCCACCAUCUCCAAGGGCGCUGCUCCCAGCACGUCCUCCACCCCGACACUCAUCGCCUCGCCCAAGACCACCUACGUGCAGGACAUCCCGACUGAGACCAAGACCUAUAAUAGCGUCAGCAAGGUUGACAAAAUUUCCCGCAUCAUCUUUCCUGUGCUCUUUGCCAUUUUCAAUCUGGUCUAUUGGGCCACGUACGUCAACCGGGAGUCAGCUAUCAAGGGCAUGAUCCGCAAACAGUAGAUAGUGGCGGCGCAGCAACCAGAGCACCGUAUACCCUAGGGAGCAUCCAGGCACCCACACCCCAGGGCUUCCCUUCAUGAGUUUCAGGAUUCCUCUUUUUAACCCUCAACUAAGCUGUGACUCUCAAUUUAUAUAUACAUUUAUGAAUCUCAAUGGAAAAACAAUUACA